CUUGCCCGAGAGUUUUGCUUUGCUUUCCAAGUUUCCAUUUUGUCCAUUUUAAAUUAAAAUUCGUCUUUCUUGUUCAAACUCAUAAAAUUAUACCAUUAUUUGUAUAAAACUUGAGAUAAAUUGGAUAACGCCAAUUACGCUACGUACGGACUUUCAAAAUGCCGCGUAAUCCAAUAACACAAGUGUACAUAGCGGACGGGUUCGCCGAUGACUGCGAGGAGCUCGUGCACCGCUGCUCCCGCGUCGACCACCUCAACUACCCGACGUUCUGCUCGCAUUACAAGGAGAUGAACUUCGCUACGGUGUAUCAACACAGAUCAACAAACGCAGAAAUAGGUGAACUCUCCGAGGAACUGCUGCAAAUAGCUAAACACUACAUGGUUCGUGAUACAAGCAACAUUGAGGAAUCAGUCGCCGGUCUGUUCAUCGUGUACGCGCUCCUGAACCUUCAGCCAUUCUCUCGCUUCGCGGCGCUCCGCCUUGUGCCGGAUGACCUACGCGCCAUCGCGCGGUUAGAGCGCGUGGCGCGGCGCGACAACCGCCUCGACGUGUUGUACGUGUUGGCGAACGUGCUAAUCCGGGGGCCGGUGCAGUUCCACGCCGAUGCGAGGCCGAGGGGCAUGGAGGCCGCAUAUAGGAACAACCUGGAAGGUUUCUGCAACAUCGACGCCCACGGUGUCCGUCCUAAAGGCGUAUAUUCGCGACAAAACGAAGAGUUGGACCUUCUGAGAGACAUGAACGGGAUCUUCGAGCGCUACUCUAAGGCUAAAUCGCAAAUACCAGGAUUUCAGCGUAACGAUGACAGCAGUCGUAACUUGGCGGUGGAGCUCAGCGACUCGCUCAAGAGAGUCAUUAAUGGUAUUACAGAUGAUCCAGUAGGGAGCUCCGUCCUGGACCACCACAACAGCGUGCAGGAGAUAAAGAAACGUGCGAUGCAAAACGUUGUUUCUACUGUGAGACAUCUGGACUCUGCCGAGCAGAGGCAGAGAAAUUCUACACCAAGAACUGGAAACAAAGAAGAGGGAAAAGAUGCAACAAGGCGAAAAAGUUUAAAAAAAUCACUGAAAACAAGAUCAAACUCAAGCAGUUCGUCAGAUGAGGACGAAGAUGAUAAGGAGAUAGAAAUUCUAGCAAAAGACGUUAUGAGUCAAGCGUGUUUUAGAGAAAUAAUCAAAGUAAAAGAACCACAGUUAAAUAUAGAUUCUCUCCCUCGUUUACUGACUACAGAAACCGAUGGAAAAUUUUACGAAAUUGAGAUUAUAGAUGAAAUGAAACGACCAUCGUUACCUGUUUUUAAUAAAAAUGACGGAAAAAUUGAAAUUGAAAUUAGUGACCAAAUGAAUUCGAGUGAACCUAUAAAUAGUGAAAAUGAUGGAAAACUCGUUGAAAUUGAAAUACUAGAUGAAGUAAAGGAUCCAAAUGAUAUUUCGUCUGAAUCUUCUAAGGCAAAUAAUAGUACGGGCGACAAUAAAGUUAUAGAUAAUACAAAAGGACAUAUUGGAGAAGAUAAUGAUACAAAAGAUGAAAAUGAAGAUAAAAUGAAAAAACCUACGAAAAGAGGCAGACCGAAGAAAAACGAGAAAAGUCCAAAUAAUGAAGAGAAAAAAACAAAUGAUGAUCUGUUUUUCAAACAGCCUUUGAGAGCAUCUCCUAGACUUAAGACGGUGUUAAAGAGAGACCAGAAAAAACCUAUAUUAAAAUCAAAGUUUAAGAAAAUGGGAAUGUUGGAAGUAGCUAAUUUUGGAGAUAAAAAGUAGCCUUUUGAGAAAUAUUCUAAAUUGGCUUUCGUAAUUGUACUGCGAAGCAGUAUUAAUAUGUUUAGAAGUUUCAACUACUGAUGUGCCAUGGAAAAAUUUCGGAAACUUCAUAUUUCUAUAAUUCGUUCGAAAUUUCCUAUUUCCAAAAUGAAAGUUUCCUGAAAUUUCCGAGAACACUGAACUUUUUAGAAAGUUUCCCCAACUUGUAAAUUUAUAGGUUUUACUGUGA